CCCGACCUGCCCAAGAUGGCGGGCCUUUCGGAAGCGGAGCGAGCUCAGAGCCGGGAGGCCCUACAGCACAUCCUGGACCGUGUCUAUCAGCCCCUGGCAGUGCGGGAGCUGCUCAUCCUGCAGGGCGGCCCCAAGCAGAGUCGUCCUGCUGGGGAAGAAACAAAGCCAGCCCUCGCUCGGUCUCCAGUGUGGCUGCGUCGCCUCUGUGGCCAGCUGCUCUCAGAGCGGUUGAUGAGACCCAAUGGGCUUCAGGCUGUGGUUCGGGGCAUCAUGGAGGGAACUGGCGGUGGCACUGAUGCUGAAGCAGCAGCUGUGGACUGGAGAAAAUGUGAUGCGGUUGCAAAGAUCCUGGCUUCCUGCCCUCAGCAGUGCCUUUCCGUGGAGGAUUACUACAAACACGUGUGCCCCCAGAUUCUGGACUUACUGCACAUCCAGGACAAACUGACAGCGCGGCAGUUCCAAAGAGUGGCCACCACGACGCUGCUCACCAUGGCGAAAGAGCACCCUCAGCUGGCAGAGAAGCACUUGCUCCAGCCUCUGCUGACACCGCUUCUCCGCUGCUCGGAUGUGGCAGAACUAGCAGAGGAAGAUUUGUCAGCAGGGACAGUGCUGGUGACAGAGGCAGAGCUCAGCAGCUGUGUGGAAGAUGUGUUCAAGGUAUACGUGGUUGGGAAUGACAGCUCCAGCCUGCUGCUGAAAUCCUUGCAGUCAGUCCUGGGAGUGGUUUUCUCCCUCUAUUCCUUUGCCAAGCAGAAUGUGUCAUAUUUACGUUCCCCAUGCCAGGAGGUGCUGCUGUGGUUCCUGGAGAAGUCAGAGAGGGAGACUUCGCUGUCGGUGCUGGAGGGCUGCGUGGGGCUGGCCAGCAGCGUGCACCGCCUCCACCCGCGGUGCCGCUUCCGCGUGGGCAGCGAGGGCGGUGCAGCCAUCGCAGUGGAGGAGCCCAUCAGCGAUGAAGAUGAGGCCCUUUACCAGAAGGUUUCCUUGGAGCAGUGCCAUGUGGAGAGUUUAGUGGAGCUGCUGUCCCACUGCCAGAGGAGUGGCCUGGCUGGAGACUUCUUCAUCCGCUGCCUAAAGGCGCUGACACAUGUGGCUGUGGAGGACGAGGCAGUGGCGAGCUGUGGUGCCGUGGCUGAACGUAGCCUCCUGGAGCUGGAGCAGCACCAUGCUGGGCAGAGGAGGAAGCUGCUGGUCCUGCAGCUUGUGGCCACGCUGUGUGAGAGCGUCUCGGACACUGUGUUCACCGACAUUGCUCAGGUGGAGGAGUUCGUGGCUGUCACGCUUCAGCGGGCAUGUGUCAGCCUGGCCCAGGGCCGUGGCGCAGCGGUGGAGGCGCAGACCCUGAGCAUGGCCAUGGGGCUGGUGGCCGCCAUGCUCGGCGGAGCCGUGCAGCUGAAAUCGAGUGACUUCACUGUCCUGAAGCGGCUGCUGCCCUUGCUGGAGGAGAUGUCCUGCACCCAUCCUGACCCCGUCAUCCAGGAGCUGGCUGCGGACCUACGCAUCGCCAUCUGCACUCAUGGCGCGUUCUCCACUGACACAGUCGACACUGCAGCUGAGAGCGUGCUGGGAAAAAAGCUGGGGCCAGGCAGGACAGAAGCUGGCAUAGCCCCCUGCCAAAGCUCAGGGGCUGAUAGGGGACAGCCACAGCAUGGCCGUGGCUGCAGCCACCCCUCGGCUCCCAGGGAGAGUGAAGAGCAGAGUGUGCGUGGGGAGCCCAGUACCACGGGUCCUGCUGCAGCCCCAAGCACUGAGAGCACGACCCCAGCUCAACUCCAGGAGCUGCUUCUGUCAGCCUACGACCCCCAGGUGCCUGUCCGAGCAGCUGCCCUGCGCAGUUUUUCCAGCCUGAUAAUGCAGCGGGACCCGGAGGCACUUCAGAUUCAAGAGAAAAUCCUCCAGGUUUUCCUAGAAAAUGUGCAGCAUGAGGACUCCUUUGUGUACCUUUCUGCCAUUCAAGGUGUUGCCCUGCUGUCCAGCGAGUACCCGGAGCAGAUCCUGCCCGUUCUGCUGGCCCGCUACGGACGUCCUGCCCAGGGCACAGAGGACACUGCAGCCGCUGUGACCAGGAUGAAGCUGGGUGAGGUGCUGAUGCGCGUCACUCGGGCGCUGGGGGACAUGGUCGUCAAGCACCGGGAGCCCCUGAUCCACGCCUUCCUGCGGGGAGCACGGGACCCGGACAGCACACUGCGUGCCAGCAGCCUCUCCAACCUGGGGGAGCUGUGCCAGAGACUCGGCUUCCAGCUGGGCUCCGUCAUCCACGAGGUGUCCUCCUGUUUGACAGCCAUUGCCAAGACAGACCCUGAGGCGGAGGUGCGGAGAGCAGCCGUGCAUGUGGUGGUGCUGCUGCUGCGGGGGCUCAGCAAGAAGGCAACCGAGGUGCUGCAGGACGUGCUGCGGGACCUGUACCGCCUGCUGAAGCACGUGGUGGCAGCCGAGCCCGACGGCGCGGCCGUGCUGCACGCCCAGCUGGCACUGGAGGAGCUGGACACGGCGGUGAGGAGCGUCCUCUUCCCUCCGCAGGUGCUGGAGAAGAAGAUUGUGGUGCUGCCAUAGCGGGUGCUGGGGGCUAUUCCCUGCAGAAAGCCACUUUUCCUGCUCUGGUGCUGUGUGAAUUUGCUCCCUGGAGGAGAUCUGUUUGCUAUGCCCCCGGGCUGCCUUCAGCAGGUGCCAGCCAUGGUGAAACCCCAGCUGUGCUGGGGGCAUGUAGCAUCCCCAGCGCCCCUUGGCUGGGGCAGAGUGGGGGGGUCAGAUUAAAAGGAGAAAUCCUCUGC